UUUGUAGUACAUGCCUCUCAAUCGAAAACCCAUCAAGUCUGAGAGACGGCGUUAAUAUUACUUUCACUUCGAUGAUAUUAUCAUGUAGAAUAUCAUAAAAUAGAGUUUUGAAUACGGUCUUAAAAGAUUGGACGGUUUGAAUUUAUCGUUUAUCAGUGAACAAAUUCUGCUCGCGAUGGAACGUUUGUACAUUCUGCUACUAUUCUAUUCUUCUGUGUACUGCCAACUGCACCAUACAGAAUACACCUCGGUCCAGAUAAACAGAACAUUGGAGAAAGAUGAAAUACCCAAAAUUUCUCUACCUGUACCAGUGACAGACACACCCGCUGUUAAAGCUGCUAGAAAAGCUCAUGAAAAAGCGUACAAUUUUUUGAAAUCUGUCUUCUCAUCUGCAGGAACUUCUAAUAUACAUAACCAAAGGGAGGAGAAACAAACUCAUAUUUCGAAAAAAUAUCCUGUCAACCAAUCGACGUUGACUGAAGAAACACACAACCAUUUGGUUCAAAGCUACAUAGAUACCACUUCACAGGGUAAGAAUGUUCGGAAAAUAGUCCGAGAGCAAAAGAACCAUCCCAAGAGUUACCCAUCUAAAGAUCAAGCAAGCACUGAGAACAAGCUUGUUGAUGCACAUAAACAGAAGUCCGCACAACAUUUGAAAGCUUUGAGAACCGUUAUAGCCUUACAACUUUCGUCUUAUCAAGGACACACAGAAAGUACCAAGAUUGCUAAACCCCAGGGGGUUGAAACAAAUUCUACAGUAGCAGAGGAACCUAAGAACAAAAAAUACAAUGUGUUGAGAGUGAAUUCGAAGAGAGAGAUCUCUAAGAAACUGGCUGUUAUAGCUGCUGCAGAGGCGUUGAUGAAGAUUCUAGAAUCAUGAGGAUUUCGAAUAAUUUGAUAGUUUUUGUGCGAUAGUUCUAUAUUGUAUAUUGUUAUUUAUUGACCGCUGUUAUCAUU